CAUGCGGGACUUGGUCGCUGCAGCCGGUGCCGCCGCUGCUCGGGGAGCAUGAAGGACCGAACCCAGGAACUCCGCACGGCCAAAGACAGUGACGAUGAUGACGAGGUCACAGUCACCGUGGACCGGGAUCGCUUCAUGGAUGAGUUCUUCGAGCAGGUGGAGGAGAUCCGGGGCUUCAUCGACAAGAUUGCUGAGAACGUGGAGGAGGUGAAGCGGAAGCACAGUGCCAUCCUGGCCUCCCCUAACCCCGACGAGAAGACAAAGGAGGAGCUGGAAGAACUCAUGGCAGACAUAAAGAAGACAGCAAACAAAGUUCGUUCUAAGUUAAAGAGUAUAGAGCAGAGCAUCGAGCAGGAGGAAGGCCUGAACCGCUCUUCUGCGGACCUGAGGAUCCGCAAGACACAGCACUCCACGUUGUCCCGGAAGUUUGUGGAGGUCAUGUCCGAGUACAACGCCACGCAGUCCGACUACCGCGAGCGCUGCAAGGGCCGCAUUCAGAGGCAGCUGGAGAUCACCGGCAGGACCACCACCAGUGAGGAGCUGGAGGACAUGCUGGAGAGUGGGAACCCCGCCAUCUUUGCUUCUGGGAUCAUCGUGGACUCCAGCAUCUCCAAGCAGGCUUUGAGUGAGAUUGAGACUCGGCACAGUGAGAUCAUUAAGCUGGAGAGCAGCAUCCGGGAGCUGCAUGACAUGUUCAUGGACAUGGCUAUGCUUGUGGAGAGCCAGGGGGAGAUGAUCGACAGGAUCGAGUAUAAUGUGGAGCACGCUGUGGACUACGUGGAGCGGGCUGUGUCUGACACCAAGAAGGCCGUCAAGUACCAGAGCAAAGCGCGCCGGAAGAAGAUCAUGAUCAUCGUGUGCUGUGUGAUCCUGGGCAUCGUCAUUGCCUCCACCUUUGGGGGCAUCUUCGCAUAGGGCUGCUUGCCUGCCACGCUACCCUGGACAGCUCACCCAAGGCGGUCUGACCACGGGCCCUCUCUACCCACCUCACCUCUGGCUUGGAGCAACCCACUGCCCCCCUUUGCCCAAGCUGUGUUGUGUGCAUGAUCUUGUGACUGUGUGUCUGUGCAGAGGCGCAGCUGGGGCUGUGUGGGGCAGCCCCGUCCUCCCCCAGGCUGCCCUCCCUAGCCAGGCAGGGCUGGCCCAUGGGCAUGUUAGCAGUCCUCAGGCUUGGGUCCACCCUGACUUGGUGCCCAGGCUUUCUGGACCCCAACCUUGCUUCUACCCCUCCUACCCUGGCCUUUUCAACUGUUUUUCCCACCCAGCCUUCCGGAGCGCGGCCCAGCUGGCCUCAUGGUGCUGCUUUUUCUGGCUGGGGGAGGGGGUGGCCCCAAAAGCUCUAGCACCAAGCCUCUGCCAGCUGCCACUGUCAUGAGGCUCAGGGGUGCUGUUGCUGGCCUGUCAGGACUAAGCUCCUCCUCCUCCUGGGCCAAGCCUCUGGCUCUCAUCUCCCUUCCCAGGGCCCAGGAACAACCCCAGGGUGAGGCCUGAGCUGGGGUGGGGUCUGGGAAGGCUGCAGCCUGGGCCAGUGUUGCGCCUUUGGGGAUGCUGGCCCCGGGUGUCUUGCCAGGCCUGGUCUUGCCCUGCCCUCGCCAUUGAUGUGUCAGUGCCAUGUGGCUUCAGGUGUCCUGGAUGCAGUAUUAAGCAGCCAGUCAGGGAGUGCCCCCAUCCUGGGGCUCCUAGUUCAAAUGUGCCCCAACCCCAGGUCCCCUCUUCCUUGACAGGCUAGGAGUCUGCAUGCGCCCGCAUGCAGGGGGACUGGCCAUGCCCAGGCCACCGCCCUCAGCUUUGCUCCUGCCUGGUGCCUGUGACCACUGUCCGUGUUGCCUUCUCUGCCCUCCCCUGCCACCUCCACCAAAGGUCUUGGUACAACCA